UUAUCUUCCAUAAGAAAGAAUCUAUGCUCUGAGAACCCCACCGAAUGCCGAAGUUCCACGCAGCCAUGAGAAUGUCAUCGCCAUUGACGCCGAGCUCCACAAAAGCAUUGAAAGUAUAUCCAACCACUUACUAUCUCUGAGUGUUCCUCUCGAUGAGGCGGCUAUGGAUGACUGUGAUACUGCAGCUCCAUACACUCUUCUAGGGCUUCUUAUCCGCGGCGGCGACGGUGGAUGUAUUGGUUUUAUGAGGGACUAUGCGGCGCGGGGGACGAACGCGCUGCUUUGGGUGGGGCUUAUCUCGAUUACCUUCUUGCUUUUGCAGAAGCUUGCGAGGCUGGUGAGGUUAUGGAGACAGGGGAGCAGGAUUCCUGGUCCUCCCACUCCUUCCUUCUUUGGUCACUCUAAGGUUAUUGUGGAUGGCGGGGUUGGUCAGAAUCUGAUAGAUUAUUUAUCCAAGAUGCAUGAGAUAUAUGGACCCAUUGUGAGAUUAUGGCUUGGACCUACUCAGAUGCUAGUCUCAGUGAAGGAUAUUGCUAUGAUUGAAGAUAUGCUUGUAAAGGCAGAGGAUAAGUUACCACUGAUUGGAAGGGCAUUCCGUCUUGCUUUUGGUAGAUCCACACUUUUUGUCUCCUCCUUUGAAAAGGUCCAAAGAAUACGGGAGUCCUUGGAAGCAUACAUGAACGAGAAUUUGCUUGAGCGAAUGAAUCAAGUUCCUGGAAAGGUGGUUGAAUGCAUCUCGGAAAGAUUCGAUUCUAUCAUCACUAAAGAUGUUUGUGAUAGUAGACGUGUUUCUCAGCACAUUGCGUAUUACAUUCUUGGUUCUUCAAUGUUUGGUGAUGCUUUUAUGAACUGGUCGAAUGCUCCUCUAUAUGAGGAGCUUCUUGUUACAGUUGCUAAGGAGGCGUGCUAUUGGGCUUCAUAUCGGAUUCCUCCUUUUUGGAGCAGGAGAUAUUGGAAGUACUAUUUUACAUGCAAAAGGUUGAAGGAAUUGAACGAAAAUAUUAUCGACAAAAGCCUGAGAAAUAGAAAUGUAGCGACAAAAUGUAAUUGGAAUUUGUGUGAGGUGUCGGUUUUUGGAAGAGAAAGGGUAGAUGGUGCUGCUUGUUUUAUGGAUGCGAUGAUGUUGGGGGGGAGCUUGUUCAAUGGGAAGACAGAAAAACAUAAUUUUUCGAAAGAAGAAGAAUGCGGUAAUAUCUUAGGUUUGAUGUUCCAUGGUUAUUUGACAACCGCGAGCUUGAUUAACAACAUUUUAACAAGGCUUUCGCUAUGCCCGGAACUGCAAGAGAAUAUUUAUUGUGAAAUUGCCUCAUUGAAGAAGAAAACGAGCGAUUUGGAUCGGUCUGAUGUGCAAAAGAUGAAUCUUCUGUUGGCGACUUUGUAUGAAUCAGCCCGCCUUCUUCCACCUGGUCCUUUCCUUCAAAGAUGUUCUCUAAAGCACGAUUUGAGACUUAAAUCCAGUAUAACUGUUCCAGCAGGAACAAUUCUUGUAGUUCCUCUGCCACUAGUUCAUAUUGAUUAUUCAAUAUGGGGGAAAGAUGCAGACCAGUUUAAUCCUCGGCAUUUCUUACCAAAGACUUGCUCAAAUAAAGAUGGUACAUUAGACAAGCAUGAUGUUCCGAAAGAAAUUACAAGUGAGCACCAAAUAGAUGGGUCAUUUCUUUCUUUUGGCUGUGGUUCAAGAUCUUGUGUUGGGCAGAAGUUUGCAAUUCUCGAAAUUGCAGCAUUAUUUGCAUCAUUGCUUAGUGAUUAUGAGAUAAGGCUUCAUCCUGCAUCUGACAAUGACUUCAGGGCCACAUUAGAUGGGUGUUGCCCCAACAUUUUCUUCAUCAAAAGAAGCAAGAUCUGAAUAUCUAUUUUUUCUCAAAAAUAGAUCAAAAUAAUCAGAUAAGAAAUAUUUCCCUUUUAGCUUUCUCCUGCUGUAUCAUACUGACAAAGCAGAGUGAGGGGAAUCUGUUUGAUUAUGCUUUUCUUCACUGUUUCUCCUCCCAAGUUUUUAACAUCUCCCAGAAAUCUUUGCCCUUCCUUUUUUUUAAGAACAUGGAAGCAGUUGGGAGCUGUUACGCCAAGAGGAGUGUAGACAUGGACUUCCAAGUGUUUUUCCUCCCAGGGGGUUUGUUGUAAGACUUAUUGUUCUUAGAGGUCUUAUGUGAAAAAUUGUUGUUAUGAAAAGUUUUUGGCUUUGGCCUUUUGUUUGAUUGUAAACUUUAAAAAAGUUUAUUGUAAAUAUAAGUUUUUGUCUUGUGGACCA